UAUUUACACAAACAUUUCUGUGAACUCGAGUCACAUCAGGCAAAAGGCACGUGUGGAGUCACACCCAGAGAAUGUAUGUAUGACAAUCAAGGCUGAACACACACUGGUUCCGAGAGCUAAUGACACAAUGGUAAUGUCCUGUUGCUGUGCCUGUGAAAAAAAUAUAAGCUGCAUGGUAUGAUAAUAAUAAUAUAAUACAUAUUAUUUCAUCGGUAAAUCUGUCUGCAGACUUACAGCAAUGACUGCCACAUUAGUGUCAGGGCCUGAUACGAGCUGAGGUUUUUGCCCACUCAUAUAGGGUCUGCAUUACGAUGUAUUUGUCCUUUUUCUUGCAUAUUAUGCACAUUGCUGGAAGGACGGGGCCGAGUGUGAAAUCCUGAAUUUUUCGUGCUUCACAGAGGCUAUAUGCAUGUAGCAAUGUUAUAUUUUGAAGAUACCGCUUGAUGAAACUCCACAGGCAGCCAUCUUGAUUUUCUGUUUACUAAAAGGUGCUAGCCUAUUGGUGUAGUCCUGUCACGUGUCGACCGUGCCACCUAUUGCACACCAAAAUCUUUUAUUGCGCCCCAAAGACGCCAGUUCAGUAUAAAAUGCCUGUUUCUAAAAAAUGGGCUGGAUUUUUUUACCACGAACUUUUUGCUGUAAGCUUAACAUAACUCCUUCUUUUUAUGAACUAAAGAUUGUGUAGUUCGCAGACGUCGGAGUGGAAUUCAAUUUCUGAAAGACUUUUCGUGGUUCACUUUACGGCCUAUAUGCACCUACUACGGGUUACAUAUUCAUUUUUUUCGAAUCGUUUCGUUGUUACCGUAGAUCUAAAACAACUGCGCAUUUAGAAAAUCGGGGCGGCUGUGUGACUGUAGUGGCGCAGGUAGCUACCUCGUCAUAUACAGCAUCUCCAACCUAAAGUUGCUCCUCUAUUAUGGACAAUAUUGAAUGAACAUCUUAUCCAAUCAGGGGGCGCUACCAAAGGGGCAUGACUAUAAACAGCCAGUUGGAAUUCAACUAGGAUAUCACGUGACCAAUGUUUCCCUUCUGGAAUUACGUCAUCACAUUGUCUUGUAUUCUAGUGCUAGGUCAAAUAACAGUGUUUACUUCUAAGAAUCUUUACACGUUUUGUUAACUUUAAGCAACACCGGCGGCUCGUUGAAGAAAUCAACGGACUUUCGACUGCUUAAAAGAGACAGGGUUUUCAAAAAAGGAUUGUGUAGCUCAUGUUUUCUGUGGAGCAUAAACUUGUAUAAACUGACGCGAUGAAUAAUAGGUGGACUCCUAAUACCUGUUUGAAAGUAAGCCGUGUGUUUCUUAUCUGGCAAACAAGGGGUCAGAAGUUACUACUAUCACUUCCUUUGUCUACCACUUCUUACUCCAGGCUUCAUGUACGACAGCGUGUUUGUUCCAAAGUACGCUGCCUCACCUGGAAACAUGUUCACCACCUGAGUAACAGAAGCCGCAAAGGAUGGAGAUUUAAAGUCUCCCCACUUAAACCGAAUCUUGGACUUCACACUAGCACUUUGUAUUCAAACACAUCCACGUCACGUUGGUCUGCUAGUCUGAGUCAACAAAUGUCACGGGUCAAGAACACACUGAACACAGUUUCAAAAGCUGUGAGUGGGACAAGUACAGAAUUUCUGUCAAAAAUUACCAGGCUGAAACCUAAUUCUUUAUCUGCUUUGGAUAAAGCUGAGAUCCAUGUUGAAUCAUUACCACAAGAAAAAGAAAGCAAUGUCUCAACAACUCCUGCUUCCUCUGAUCCUCCCUCCUCUACAUCCACUCCACCCAAACCUAAACCACCUGAACAUCAUUCUAUUUCUGCCACUACAUCCGUUAAUACUGUUCUAAGUAGGGGCAAAUUUAAAGAGAAUGAACCUAAACACAAUAUUCUUCCAGUCAACACAAGCUACUCCAUUAAAGAAGAAGAACUUAGGAGCACCGAAAACAAGAGCACAUCUUCCAAAUCAACCACAGCACUUUUCCAUCCCAGCUCCUUUGCGGUCAGUCUGGAUGAGACCUACAACUACCUGGCCAACCAUAUCAACUCUUACUUUGGCAGCCUUGCAACAACUCAGGACAAGAAAGUGGACAAUAUUGACUCCCCUGUUCUCAGUCAGAGUCCGCGAACAAGUGACCCAAUGCUCAAGUCUGAUAUGAGAGACACAACCACAGCUAAAAUUGAACCCCAUUCUUCUAAGAAGGGUUUUGGACAUUACCUGUCUUACUCCGCUCCAAAUGUGCAAGCCUUUGUUGGGAACUAUAUCGUUCCUCUUGUCCCCAAGUUCAGGACAGGAGAGUCCAAGACUGCUUCAGUUAAAGAGAAACCUGUGGAUACACAAGUGACACAGGCUGAGCCCACAGUUAGUAAGGAGCAGAGUACAACUGAGGAGAAGGCCAAGAAACUUCUUCUGCAAAGAGAAAAGAUAAUUGCCAGGGUGUGUGUGGACAACCGUACCCGUGCUCUGGUCCAGGCUCUACGUAGGGCAUCGGAUGUUCGAGUUUACAUCAACAGAGUGGAGGACUUCAGUUACCAUCUGCUGGAGUUUCCAGAGACUCGUGGUGUUGCUGUCAAGGAGAAGGUCAUUCCCUGCCUCCUGCGUCUGAAGCAGGCCAGUGACCCGGGUCUGAGGGCAGCCGUCAGAGAAGCCCUUACCCUGGUGGGCUACCACGAACCUGUCAAAGGCCGUGGCAUACGGAUCCUCUCCAUAGAUGGAGGAGGUUUAAGGGGACUUUUGGCUCUUCAGGCUCUACAGAAGCUGGAAUAUCUGACUGGCAAACCAAUUUAUAAACUCUUCGAUUAUAUUUGUGGAGUCAGCACAGGUGCCAUCCUUGGGUUUAUGCUGGGUGUGUUCCAACUCCCUCUGAGCGAUUGUAAAGAUAUAUACAGGAAGUUAGGCUCCGAUGUUUUCAAGCAGAAUGUGAUCGUUGGCACAGUGAAGAUGGGCUGGAGCCAUGCUUUCUACGACAGUGAAGCCUGGGAAGGCAUUCUCAAAGAGAAAAUGGGUUCAAAUCUGCUGGUGGAGACUUCCAGAAACCCUGAAUGCCCCAAGGUGGCAGCAGUGAGCACCAUUGUGAACCGGGGUGCAUUGAGGGCCUAUGUGUUUAGAAACUACAACCUUCUCCCUGGGGUCCGCUCUCACUACCUGGGGGGCUGCCAACACCAGCUCUGGCAGGCAAUCCGAGCCACCUCAGCAGCCCCCGGCUACUUCCAAGAGUUCACCUUAGGGAAUGAUCUCCACCAGGACGGAGGCCUGCUGAUUAACAACCCCACUGCUCUGGCCAUCCAUGAGUGUAACUGUCUGUGGCCUGGCGUACCUCUGGAGUGUGUGGUCUCACUGGGGACUGGUCGCUUUGAAAACUUCAGCAAGAACAGCUCCACCUACACCAGCCUGAAAACGAAGAUCACAAACGUCAUCAGCAGCGCCACCGACACCGAGGAGGUUCACGCCAUGCUCGACGCCUUCAUGCCCGCUGACACGUACUUCCGCUUCAAUCCGUACGUGAGCGAGGACAUUAAUAUGGACGACAGCCGACAGGAGAAGCUGAACCUGCUGCAGGCCGAGGGCCUCCGCUACCUGGAGAGAAAUGAGGAGAAGCUGAAAAAAGUGACUCGUAUCCUGGCCAAGGAGAAACAGCCUGUACAGAAGUUGGCAGACUGGACAAGACUGAGGGCCGACAUGUACAAUGGUCUGUCCUUAUACUCCUCCAAACCCUAGGUCUAAUUAAAGUAAUCUUUACCUCAAUAUUUAAUACUUUUAUUUAGUUUGUUUUUUAGUUUUGUUAUUUAUUAUUUACAUUUUAAUAAUGCACAGUGCAGCUUAAUCACUACCUGAAUGAUGUCUAGAUUUAAGAAAUAAAAAAAACAAACACAAUCAGCCAUGACAGCAGAAGCUUUGGAAACGAUUAUUUAGCAUUUCAUAAUGACUUUUUAUUUACUUUCUUGCCAAAGAGUAGACUGUUUGAAGCCACUUAGCUGCUUAGCACACGCAGUAGCAUUAGUCUGAUUUUGCUACACUUGUUGAUGGUACCUUAUCUGAGACCGACUUAUUCUUAGUCUGUCUUUAGAAAAAAAGUAAGUAUUGUCCCUUUAAGGCAGAAUACUGUAUACUGUUACAAUAGCAACUGACAUCAGCAUUGGAUCUUUACGGGAAAAUAUUGAUCGUUAGGUGAUUGAGAACUGUGUUUACUCCACAGACCUUUCUGGUAACAUCAGUGACAGACAAGUAAAAAAAUCCAAAAAAUGAUCGAUACGAUAAUAAUCAAAUGUUAAUCUUAAAGUUUAUACAGAAGUCAUCUGAUUUAGCUCUCACAUUAAUGCACAAUGCUAUAAUUAACGCACAAACAACAGACAUCGUAUUCUGAUUCCUUUAACGGCAAAGAAAUAUAAGCUAAGUUACUUAUACACUGUAUACAUUUGUAAAGGUUUUUCAAUGAUUAAAUUACAAAUCUAAUGAAACCAAUAUUUACCUUUGUAUUUAGACCAUUCAGUUAGCUUAAGCCUGCUGUUAUUAUAACUCACUUUAUUUUAGCCUCAGGGUUGUUUUAGUUUAAUUGUUGUAAAGCUUUUUUUUAAGACUCGUUUAUUGAUUUACUGCAAGCUACGCACAUUUUCCUUGAUCCUGUUUCCUCUUGAUGCCUCUCCUCAAAGCUCCCCACUGUCUGACGCUAAUUCUGCUGUAAAUGUGUUGUGUUUUUCAUCAAAGGUCAUCAUCCAAAAUGUCACAAUGACGCCUUUUUAUUUAACAAAAAACCCUCGUCUCCCUCAUUGUUUGUAAAUAGCCUGAUUUUGCUGUAAAAUGAUUUUGUGUGUGUGUGUGUGUGUGUGUGUGUGUGAGAGAGAGAGAGAGAGAGAGAGAGAGAGAGAGCACUGCAUGUGUGUCCGUCCACAGAUGUGUCAGGUUUAAUAUGUCAGUUCUCUAAGGAACCAAUGUAAGAUAGACCUUAACCAGAUGAAUGUGAAUCCACUGUUCUCCUGUUGCUGCUGUGUGAAGUCUGCUUGACAUCGUCAUUAAAACCCAUCACCGGAGCUGGCUGGAUCCUGCUUGCUAAUUAAAAGAGUAUAAACUGAUGUGAUCUGACAGAAGGUGCCGUGGAUUAUUCUAAGAAGAGAAACGCCUGCAUGUUAAACUGGUAACUUGUUCCCACGGCUGUAAGGUAGUUUUAUUACGACAUAGAUCUUGCCAGACUAAAUGAACAGCACGUUUGGAUGAAAUAAAUUAUAACCACAGGA